AUGGAGUCUGAGAAAGGUGGCCCACCACCUACGCAGGGGGAGAAGGCUCCUCCAGCCACUGAAGAGGAAGCCCCGCCCCCACCUGAUGAGCAGGCACCGCCUCCCGCAGACGAGGCCCCGCCCACUGCCACUGAAGAUGAGACUCCGCCCACUGAAGGUGACCAGGGCUCGCCCAUUUCCGAAACAGAAGUCCCAUCCACUCCAGGAACCGAUUCCAAGCCUCUCUCUGCCACUGGCCCUGGACCUUCUGUGAUUGACUAUAGGAGUCUCAUUCCUUCUGUUGAGAAGUUAACUAUUCCGGAUGAUGAGUCAGUGCCGAGCAGGGUCAGACCUAGACCGGCUCCACGGCCUGUGCAGUCCGUCCUGUCAGAUGUACUUUCUAACUCUUCCCCGAGGUCCUCCAAGUACCGCCGAAGUAUGAGUGGCAUUCCGAACCUGCAGGAGACGUUGAAAGAGAGACAGGCAAGAUUUAGAGAAGCAAGGGAAACCCGGAAGAUGAAAAUUGACUCAUCAUACCAAUACAUAUUUGAAAUUCUAUCAGAAAAGCUUGGGCUGGACUUAACAACGGUUGAAGAAUUAAUUUUGGAUUGCCCAUCGCUGGACCCAUUCAACAAUUUUUUUGAGAAAGGUGGUUGUAAGACAUUGAAGUUUUUGUACCAGGAAGGAGAUGUGCCCGGGAUUGAAUGUGGUCGAGUUUUUGUCGGAGUACCCAAAGGAAAGAAAAUGAUGAGAUUGUAUGUAGACAACGCAGCCCCAGAUAAACUAAAAGGACUGUGUAUGUUCUUUGUUCGCUGCCGAAAUGAUAUUGCUGUAAAUUCUAAAAAUAUUCAUGAGGAUGUGCUAUUUACUGUCUUGGAUGCCUCAAAAGGACUCUUACAGGGGAUCAAGAAUAUGCUAGAAAAAAUAUUUCUGCCAGCCAUUCUUGCAACCAACAACUGGGGUGCUUUAAACCAGUCUAAGAAGGGAGAAUUUGAGAGACACAUUUUCACGGAAACCAUCAACAGAUACCUUUCAUUUUUAGAUGGUGCUAGAAUAAGCAUCAAAGGAACUGUGAUGUUAAAGAAGGUAGACAACAUCGAUUUUUCCAGACUGCAUACCUUUGAAGAAGUAGCAGCAGCAGCGAGCAAUUCAGAGAUGGUCCAUCAACUGGAGGAGGUGCUGAUGGUGUGGUACAAGCAGAUAGAGCAGUUGCUUAUUGAGAGCGAGCAGAUGAGGAAAGAAGCUGACGAUUCAGGUCCCCUCACUGAACUGGAGCACUGGAAACAUAUGUCGGCCAAAUUCAACUAUAUCAUCGAACAGAUUAAAGGGUCAAACUGUAAGGCUGUCAUAAAUGUGCUAACCGUUGCACGUUCCAAGUUGCUAAAGGUUUCCAUGGCACAUGGAAUACAAAACUUGAUUAAUGCCAUCAGAAUGAUCCACAGCGCGUCGCGGUAUUAUAAUACAUCAGAGAGAAUGACCUCGUUAUUCACCAAGGUAACAAACCAGAUGGUGACGGCGUGUAAAGCAUAUAUUACUGACGGAGGAGCAAACUACGUAUGGGACCAGGAGACACCAGCCAUAUUAAAGAAGAUCAAGGAUUGCAUUUUUCUAUUUAAGGAAUAUCAGGCAUCUUUUCACAAAAUAAGGAAGCAGAUUUUGGAAUCUUCAGGGGAAAAGUCUUUUGAGGUUUCAGAGAUGUAUAUAUUUGGAAAAUUCGAAGCCUUCUGCAAGAGACUGGAGAAGAUUACAGAAAUGAUAACUAUUGUGCAGACAUACUCAGCCUUGAGUAAUUCUACAAUCGAAGGAAUAGAUAUUAUGGCUAUAAAAUUCAAAAAUAUCCAUCAAGGGAUUAAGAAAAAGCUGUAUGACAUCCUAGAUCCACGAAGGACAGAAUUUGACACAGAUUUCUUAGACUUUAUGACCAAAAUCAAUGGUCUAGAGCUACAAAUACAGGGAUUUAUGAACACCACCUUUGGAAAAAUCUUAUCUUCUCAACUGGCGCUUCAACUGCUUCAAAGAUUUCAAAAGCUGAACAUUCCCUGCCUUCAGUUAGAAAUCAAUCACACAAUUGAGCGGAUUCUUCAGUGUUAUAUGGCUGAACUUGAAGCCACCAAGAGGCUCUACCACUCUCAGAAAGAUGAUCCCCCCCUUGCUCGCAACAUGCCCCCCAUAGCGGGGAAAAUUCUGUGGGUGAGGCAGCUGUACCAACGGAUAAAUGAACCCAUCAACUAUUUCUUUAAAAACUCAGACAUUUUGUCAAGCGCAGAAGGUAAAACUGUCAUCCGUCAGUACAACAAGAUCUCAUAUGUGCUGGUGGAAUUUGAGGUGGCCUACCACACAGCCUGGGUCAAAGAAAUUUCACAGCUACAUUAUGCUUUGCAAGCCACGCUUUUUGUGCGUCAUCCAGAAACGGGGAGGCUGCUGGUUAAUUUUGAUCCUAAAAUCUUGGAGGUCGUGCGGGAAACAAAGUGCAUGAUAAAGAUGAGACUGGACGUUCCAGAACAGGCAAAGAAGUUGCUGAAACUGGAAAGCAAAUUGAAGGUGGACAAGUUGUAUUUGCAGGGUCUUCUGCAGUAUUAUGAUGAAUUAUGCCAGGAGGUGCCUUCUGUGUUUGUCAACCUGAUGACCCCUAAAAUGAAAAAGGUGGAAUCCGUAUUGAGGCAAGGGCUCACGAUUCUAACGUGGUCGUCUUUAACGCUGGAAAGCUUCUUCCACGAAGUUGAAUCAGUUUUGGAUAUGUUCAGCCAACUUUUAAAGAAGGUCAAUGACUUGUGUGAAAUGCAUAUUGAUACAGUUCUGAAGGAGAUAGCCAAGACCCUACUGAUUUCCUUGUCGGAUACCGGUGCCAGCAGAUUAGAAGACAUGCUGGACCUGAAUGAGACAUAUACAAAAGAAUGGGCAGACAUUCUAAAUCACAAAAGCAGACAUGUGGAAGAAGCCGUGAAAGAGCUGAUAUUAAUAUUUGAGCAAAUUUAUGAAGUCAAGUACACCGGGACACCAACAAAACAGGUACCAGAGCAGAGGAAACAUGUGGUUUUUGGAAGUGAAACGGAGGAAGGUGACAGCCUGGACUUUGAGGCUGAGGUGAGAGAAGCUGACAUCAAUGACAAAGAUGAAUUUAAGAAGGAAUGUAAAGAAGUCUAUGCUUUUUUCUCUCAUCAAUUACUAGACAGUCUUCAAAAAGCUACAUGCUUAUCUUUGGACACAAUGAAAAAGAGAAUAUUUGUUGGCAGCAAAGGACGAAGAUGGUCAGAAAAUAUUAUUUCCUUCAUAAAAACUGAAGUACAUCUUGCAAUUCCUAAUGUGGUAAUGAUUCCCAGCCUGGAUGACAUUCAACAAGCCAUCAACCGCAUGAUCCAGCUUACCCUGGAGGUCAGCAGAGGCGUGGCACACUGGGGACAACAGCAGGUCAGACAAAUGAGGUCUAUUCCUAACAGCGCCUCUCGAACCACUGCUGAUCAAGACCAAUCAACCACAGGAAAAAUGCUGAAGAAAGAAAGAUCUUUUGAAGAAACCGUUCCUGCGAGGAAGCUGAAGAACUUUUACCCUGGUGUGGCAGAGCACAAGGACAUCUCCAAGCUGGUCCUCCUCCUCUCCUCCUCUGUGAACUCUCUCCGGAAGGCAGCCAAUGAGGCCCUACAGGACUUCCAAAAGUACAAGAGUCUCUGGACAGAAGACCGGGAUGUCAAAGUCAAGGACUUUUUAGCCAACAACCCCUCUCUGACUGAAAUCAGAUCAGAAAUUCUCCACUAUGCAACCUUUGAAGAGGAGAUUGAUGAGCUAAAACCUGUUAUUGUUGUGGGAGCCCUCGAACUGCACACGGAGCCAGUGAAGUUAGCCUUAUCAAUCGAGGCCAAGGCAUGGAAGAUGUUACUCUGUCGAUAUUUGAAUGAAGAAUAUAAAAAGAAAAUGUCAGACAUGAUAGCAUUUAUCAAUGAAUACUUGAAAAAGUUGUCUAGACCGAUUCGUGACUUAGAUGAUGUCAGAUUUGCAAUGGAAGCUUUGUCUUGUAUCCGGGAGAAUGAAAUUCAAAUGGACAUGACUUUGGGGCCAAUUGAAGAAGCCUAUGGUAUUUUAAACAGAUUUGAAGUUGAAGUAACCAAAGAGGAAUCAGAAGCUGUUGAUACCCUGAGAUAUUCUUUCAACAAAUUGCAGAGCAAAGCUGUUUCCGUACAAGAUGAACUAGUUCAAGUGCAGCCAAAAUUUAAAAGUAGCCUGCUUGAGUCAGUGGAAGUUUUCCGGGAGGAUGUUAUCAACUUUACUGAAGCAUAUGAGAUGGAAGGACCCAUGGUACCAAAUAUUCCACCCCAGGAAGCUAGCAACAGGCUGCAGAUAUUCCAGGCCAAUUUUGAUGAUCUGUGGAGGAAAUUUGUUACAUAUUCAUCUGGGGAGCAACUUUUUGGAUUGCCUGUGACUGACUAUGAGGGUCUACAUAGAAUCAGGAAAGAACUCAACUUGCUUCAGAAGCUAUAUGGACUGUAUGAUACUGUCAUGGGCAGUAUCAGUGGUUACUAUGAAGUCCUUUGGAGAGAUGUAAAUAUCGAAAAAAUCAAUGCAGAACUUCAGGAAUUCCAGAACAGAUGUCGAAAAAUUCCCAAAGCACUGAAAGACUGGCAAGCUUUUCUGGAUCUCAAAAAAAGAAUUGACGAUUUCAGUGAGUCGUGUCCUCUACUAGAAAUGAUGACUAAUAAAGCCAUGAAGCUGAGUCACUGGGAUCAGAUCUCUGAGCUGACUGGGACCCCAUUCGAUGUGGAAUCUGAUUCUUUCUGUCUGAGAAACAUUAUGGAGGCACCACUCCUUAAAAAUAAGGAUGACAUUGAGGACAUCUGCAUCUCUGCUAUUAAGGAAAAGGAUAUUGAAGCCAAGCUGACUCAGGUGAUUGAGAACUGGACCCACCAAAACUUGAGUUUUUCGAUGUUUAAAGGGAAAGGAGAGCUCCUCCUCAAAGGGACUGAAUCUGGAGAAAUUAUCUCCUUGAUGGAGGAUAGCCUGAUGGUCUUAGGUUCCUUGCUAAGCAACAGAUAUAAUGCUCCGUUUAAAAAAAAUAUCCAGAAGUGGGUGUAUAAAUUGUCUACUUCCUCGGAUAUAAUCGAGGAGUGGCUGGUCGUGCAGAAUUUGUGGGUCUGUCUUGAAGCUGUCUUUGUGGGUGGAGAUAUUGCCAAACAGCUGCCUCAGGAAGCCAAACGUUUUCAGAAUAUUGACAAGUCGUGGAUAAAAAUAAUGCAGCGAGCUCACGAGAAUCCCAACGUGAUUAGCUGUUGUGUGGGGGAUGAAACUAUGGGGCAACUUCUGCCUCAUUUACACGAACAGUUGGAAGUGUGCCAGAAAUCUCUCACAGGGUACUUGGAGAAGAAGCGAUUGUUGUUUCCAAGAUUCUUCUUCGUUUCUGACCCGGUUCUUCUGGAAAUUCUAGGACAAGCCAGCGAUUCCCAUACAAUACAGCCACACCUCCCUGCAGUGUUUGACAACAUAAACGAGGUGUCAUUUCACCCAAAAGACUAUGAUCGCAUGAUGGCUGUCAUAUCAAGAGAAGGAGAAAAAAUCACGUUGGCUACUUCUGUUAUGGCCAAAGGUCCUGUAGAGAUUUGGCUCCUGGACUUGUUAAAAGUACAGAUGUCGUCAUUACAUAAUAUAAUCAGAUCUGCAUUCUAUCAAAUCAACGACCCUGGAUUUCAACUCUUACCUUUCCUUAGUCACUUCCCAGCGCAGGUUGGGCUUCUGGGAAUUCAGAUGCUGUGGACACGUGAUUCAGAAGAGGCUUUAAAUAAUGCAAAAGAAGACAGGAAAAUCAUGCAAAUAACCAACCAGAAAUUUCUGGAUAUUCUAAAUACUCUUAUUAGUCAGACAACACAUGAUCUGACUAAAUUCCACAGAGUGAAGUUUGAAACUCUAAUCACCAUCCACGUGCACCAGAGAGAUAUUUUUGAUGACUUGGUAAAAAUGCACAUCAAGUCUGUUACUGACUUUGAAUGGCUAAAACAGAGUAGAUUUUAUUUUAAGGAAGAUUUGGAUCAGACCGUGGUAUCUAUUACAGAUGUUGAUUUCAUUUACCAAAAUGAAUUUCUGGGAUGUACUGAUCGACUUGUUAUAACUCCGUUAACAGACAGAUGCUAUAUCACGCUGGCUCAGGCUCUGGGAAUGAACAUGGGGGGUGCCCCAGCAGGACCUGCGGGGACUGGCAAAACAGAAACCACAAAGGACAUGGGCAGGUGUUUGGGGAAGUAUGUGGUUGUGUUCAACUGCUCGGAUCAAAUGGAUUUCAGAGGUCUAGGAAGGAUUUUCAAAGGUCUUGCACAGUCGGGAUCCUGGGGCUGUUUUGAUGAGUUUAACAGAAUUGAAUUGCCUGUAUUAUCCGUGGCAGCCCAACAAAUUUACAUUGUUUUGACAGCAAGAAAAGAGAGGAAAAAGCAGUUCACUUUUUCAGAUGGUGAUUGUGUUGAUUUAAACCCAGAGUUUGGAAUCUUCCUAACGAUGAAUCCUGGAUAUGCCGGGCGACAGGAACUGCCAGAAAACUUAAAAAUUCAGUUUAGAACUGUGGCAAUGAUGGUUCCUGAUAGACAGAUCAUUAUGAGAGUUAAACUUGCAAGCUGUGGUUUUCUUGAAAAUGUUAUCUUGGCUCAAAAGUUCUAUGUUCUUUACAAACUCUGUGAAGAGCAACUUACUAAACAGGUCCAUUAUGACUUUGGAUUGAGAAAUAUCCUAUCUGUAUUGAGAACCCUUGGAUCCCAGAAAAGAGCCAGACCAGAAGACAGUGAACUAAGUAUUGUCAUGAGGGGACUACGAGACAUGAACCUGUCUAAACUGGUUGAUGAAGAUGAACCCCUGUUUCUCAGCUUAAUUAAUGACCUGUUCCCAGGGCUACAACUGGAUAGUAGUACUUAUGUGGAACUGCAAGAUGCAGUGGCUCACCAGGUCCAGCUAGAAGGUCUGAUUAACCACCCGCCCUGGAACCUCAAACUAGUGCAGUUAUAUGAGACAUCUCUGGUACGGCAUGGCCUGAUGACUCUUGGGCCCAGUGGUUCUGGGAAAACAGCGGUUAUAACAAUUCUGAUGAAGGCUUUGACAGAGUGUGGGAGGCCCCACAGAGAGAUGCGAAUGAAUCCAAAGGCGAUUACUGCACCUCAGAUGUUUGGCAGACUGGAUACCGCCACCAACGACUGGACAGAUGGGAUUUUUUCCACUCUGUGGAGGAAGACAUUAAAAGCUAAAAAAGGUGAAAACAUCUUCCUCAUUUUAGAUGGCCCUGUGGAUGCCAUUUGGAUUGAGAAUUUAAAUUCUGUGCUGGAUGAUAACAAAACUCUCACACUGGCUAACGGAGAUCGCAUUCCCAUGGCCCCUAACUGUAAGCUGUUGUUUGAGGUGCACAAUAUUGAGAAUGCCUCUCCUGCCACGGUUUCGAGGAUGGGCAUGGUCUAUAUCAGCAGCUCGGCGCUCAGCUGGAGGCCAAUAUUACAAGCAUGGUUGAAGAAACGCACUGUGCAGGAAUCCACUGUGUUCCUGGCUCUGUAUGACAAGACAUUUGAUGAUACCCACACAUUCAUGAAAUUAAACCUCAACCCAAAAAUGCAGCUCCUGGAGUGCAAUUACAUUGUGCAAUCUCUCACUCUUCUGGAAGGUUUAAUUCCCUCCAAAGAAGAAGGUGGCAUUUCAUCUGUCAAUCAUCUUCAAAAGCUAUUUGUGUUUGGUCUGAUGUGGAGUUUAGGCGCCCUUCUGGAACUGGAAAGCAGAGAAAAACUUGAAUUAUUUUUCCGGGGUCACGAAAGCAAGUUAGACCUACCAGAAAUACCUAAAGGCACCAAUCAAACCAUGUAUGAGUUUUAUGUUACCGAUUAUGGUGACUGGGAGCACUGGAGUAAGAGGCUUCUGCCAUACUAUUACCCGACAGACAGUAUUCCGGAAUAUUCAUCUAUCUUGGUUCCAAACGUUGACAAUAUUAGAACCAAUUUUUUGAUUGACACUAUCGCGAAGCAACAUAAAGCUGUUUUGCUCACGGGUGAGCAGGGAACUGCAAAAACUGUAAUGGUAAAGGCCUAUUUGAAAAAAUAUGAUCCUGAACUACAGCUAGCCAAGAGUCUAAACUUCUCCUCUGCCACAGAGCCAAUGAUGUUUCAGAGAACGAUAGAAAGCUAUGUGGAUAAGAGAAUGGGAAGCACCUACGGGCCCCCAGGAGGAAGGAAGAUGACUAUAUUUAUUGAUGAUAUUAAUAUGCCUGUGAUCAAUGAGUGGGGAGAUCAGAUAACAAACGAGAUCGUGAGGCAGAUGAUGGAGAUGGAGGGGAUGUACAGUUUGGACAAGCCUGGAGACUUCACGACCAUUGUUGACGUACAACUCAUAGCGGCGAUGAUUCAUCCUGGAGGGGGCCGGAAUGACAUCCCACAGCGGUUGAAGAGGCAGUUUACUAUGUUCAAUUGUACACUGCCUUCAAAUGAUUCCAUAGACAAAAUCUUUGGAAUUAUUGGCUGUGGAUACUUUGAUCCUUGUAGAAAGUUCAAGCCUGAAAUAUGCGAAAUGAUUGGGAAUUUAGUCUCAGUGGGCCGAGUACUAUGGCAGUGGACAAAGGUGAAGAUGCUGCCCACACCCUCUAAAUUCCAUUACAUCUUCAACCUUCGAGAUCUUUCCAGAAUUUGGCAAGGAAUGUUAACCAUAAAGUCUGAGGAGUGUGACACGAUCCCUGUCCUCUUGUCGCUGUUCAGACAUGAGUGCAACAGGGUGAUCGCAGAUAGGUGUGUUUUAAAGCACCAGGGUGCACACGUGCCAUCCUUUGAAUUCCUGUGUGAAAAACUCCGGUUUUACCAGAGGCAGUUCAAUGAAAUCAUUAGAGGAACAUCUCUUGACCUGGUGUUUUUUAAAGAUGCAAUGACUCAUCUUAUUAAGAUUUCACGAAUAAUUAGAACCUCAUGUGGAAAUGCACUGCUGGUAGGUGUUGGUGGCUCAGGGAAGCAAAGUCUUUCAAGAUUGGCUUCUUUUAUUGCUGGGUAUCAAAUAUUUCAGAUAACAUUAACCAGGUCUUACAAUGUGUCCAAUCUAAUAGAAGACUUAAAGCGUUUGUACAGAGUUGCUGGAGCAGAUGGAAAAGGGAUCACCUUCAUCUUUACGGACAAUGAAAUAAAAGAUGAAGCAUUUCUGGAAUACCUUAACAACUUGCUCUCUUCAGGGGAGAUCUCCAGCUUGUUUGCCCGAGAUGAGUUGGAUGAGAUCACCCAAGGACUGGUUUCGGUGAUGAAGAGGGAGCUGCCUCGUCACCCUCCCACCUUUGACAACCUGUACGAAUACUUCAUCUCCAGGGCCAGGAAGAACUUGCAUGUUGUGCUCUGCUUUUCCCCGAAACUUCCAGUCGACCAGAGUAUGUUCAUGUACUGCCGAAGAGCCCACGUGACUCCCAAGUCAUAUCUCUCAUUUAUAAACGGUUACAAAAACAUCUACACUGAAAAGGUGAAGUAUAUCAAUGAGCAAGCGGAACGGAUGAAUACUGGUCUCAAUAAGCUGAUGGAGGCUAGUGAAUCCGUUGCUAAGCUCUCUCAGGAUCUUGCAGUAAAGGAGAAGGAAAUGGCUGUGGCUUCUGUAAAAGCAGAUGAGGUUCUGGCGGAAGUCACAGUGAGUGCCCAGGCUUCAGCCAAAGUGAAGAAUGAAGUCCAAGAAAUGAAAGACAAAGCCCAGAAAAUCGUGGAUGAAAUCGACAGUGAGAAAGUAAAAGCAGAGACCAAACUGGAGGCCGCCAAACCCGCCCUGGAAGAAGCAGAGGCCGCCCUGAAGACCAUCAAACCAAAUGACAUCGCCACGGUUAGGAAGCUGGCAAAGCCACCGCAUCUGAUUAUGAGAAUCAUGGACUGUGUGCUGUUGCUGUUCCAAAAGAAAAUUGACCCUGUCGCCAUGGACCCUGAAAAGCCUUGCUGCAAACCAUCUUGGGGAGAGUCACUAAAGCUGAUGAGUGCAACAGGAUUCCUGUGGAGCCUGCAGCAGUUCCCCAAAGACACUAUCAAUGAGGAGACCAUUGAGUUACUGCAGCCGUAUUUUAAUAUGGAGGAUUAUACUUUUGAAAGUGCCAAAAAAGUAUGUGGGAAUGUGGCCGGCCUGCUGUCCUGGACAGUUGCUAUGGCAACAUUUUAUGGCAUCAGUAGGGAAGUGUUGCCUCUGAAGGCAAAUCUGGCCAAGCAGGAAGGCCGAUUAGCCACUGCCAAUGCCGAGUUAGGGAAGGCCCAAGCCCUGCUGGAUGAGAAACAAGCCGAGCUGGACAAAGUGCAAGCAAAAUUUGAUGCCGCAAUGAAUGAAAAAAUGGACCUGCUCAAUGAUGCUGACAUGUGUCGGAAGAAGAUGCAGGCAGCCUCCGUGCUCAUUGAUGGGCUGAGUGGAGAAAAAGUCCGAUGGACCCAGCAAAGUAAAGAAUUCAAAGCUCAGAUUAAUAGACUUGUAGGUGACGUUCUGCUCUGCACGGGCUUCCUCUCCUACCUUGGCCCAUUCAAUCAGAUAUUUAGGAACUAUUUGCUGAAAGAUCAAUGGGAGGUAGAGUUGAAAGCACGGAAAAUUCCUUUCACUGAAAACCUGAACCUUAUUGCCAUGUUGGUGGAUCCUCCAACUAUUGGUGAGUGGGGGCUGCAAGGACUACCUGGAGAUGACCUAUCAAUUCAGAAUGGCAUUAUUGUGACAAAGGCCACCAGAUACCCUCUCCUCAUUGAUCCCCAGACUCAAGGAAAAACUUGGAUUAAAUCAAAAGAAAAAGAAAAUGAUUUGCAGGUGACAUCUCUGAACCAUAAGUAUUUCCGAAUGCACUUGGAGGACAGCCUGUCCCUGGGUCGCCCCCUUCUCAUCGAGGACAUUCGGGAGGAGCUGGAUCCAGCUCUGGAUCAUGUACUGGAAAAGAAUUUCAUUAAAUCAGGCACCACUUUCAAGGUGAAAGUCGGUGAUAAGGAAUGUGACAUCAUGAAUACAUUUAAACUCUACAUCACCACCAAGUUACCAAACCCUGCUUUCACCCCUGAGAUCAAUGCGAAGACCUCGGUCAUUGAUUUCACUGUGACCAUGAAGGGGUUGGAGAAUCAGUUACUCAGGAGAGUAAUCCUAACGGAGAAACAGGAGUUGGAGUCAGAGAGGGUUAAACUUUUGGAGGAUGUUACUUUUAAUAAGCGGAAGAUGAAAGAACUUGAGGAUAACCUGCUGUAUAAAUUAAGUGCUACAAAAGGUUCCUUGGUGGACGACGAGUCUCUCAUUGGUGUCCUUCGAAUCACCAAGCAGACAGCAGCAGAAGUCAGUGAAAAGCUCCAUGUCGCUGCAGAAACAGAGAUCAAGAUCAACAUGGCUCAGGAGGAGUUCCGGCCAGCCGCCACCCGCGGCAGCAUCCUCUACUUCCUCAUCACAGAAAUGAGCAUGGUGAACGUUAUGUAUCAAACCUCACUGUCCCAGUUCUUGAAGUUAUUCGACCAGUCCAUGGCCAGAUCUGAAAAGUCUCCACUACCUCAAAAGAGAAUUGCAAAUAUCAUCGAAUAUCUGACAUACAAGGUUUUUACGUACUCAGUGAGAGGCCUGUAUGAAAACCACAAAUUUCUCUUUGCACUCCUCAUGACCUUGAAGAUUGACCUUCAGAGGGGGACAGUUAAACACAAAGAGUUUCAGACUCUGAUUAAAGGUGGAGCCGCACUGGAUCUGAAGGCCUGCCCUCCCAAGCCCUUUCGAUGGAUCCUUGACAUGACAUGGCUCAACCUGGUAGAGCUAAGUAAACUCCCUCAAUUUUCAGAAAUUAUGAACCAGAUAUCACGGAAUGAGAAAGGAUGGAAAAGCUGGUUUGAUAAAGAUGCCCCAGAGAAGGAGAUGAUUCCGGAUGGGUACAACGACUCGCUGGACACCUGCCACAAGCUUCUGCUUAUCAGGUGGUGUCCAGACCGUACUGUUUUCCAAGCGAGAAAGUACAUUGCUGACUCUUUGGAGGAGAAGUACACAGAGCCAGUUAUCCUAAAUCUGGAAAAAACUUGGGAGGAAAGCGACACACACACCCCUCUGAUUUGUCUUCUCUCCAUGGGCUCCGACCCCACCAUUCAGAUUGACGCCUUGGCCAAAAAACUGAAGCUGGAAUGUAGGACCAUCUCAAUGGGACAAGGACAAGAAGUUCAUGCUCGAAAGCUGAUUCAGAUGUCCAUGCAGCAGGGUGGUUGGGUAUUACUGCAAAAUUGUCACCUUGGCCUGGAAUUCAUGGAAGAAUUAUUAGAGAUAUUGUUGACCACCGAAACCACUGAAGAAUCUUUCCGAGUGUGGAUAACUACCGAGCCCCAUGAUCGAUUUCCAAUUACAUUACUCCAGACUUCUCUCAAGUUCACAAAUGAGCCACCCCAAGGUGUCCGCGCAGGCUUGAAAAGAACAUUCGCGGGGAUCAACCAAGACCUUCUGGAUAUCAGUAACUUACCCAUGUGGAAGCCCAUGCUCUACACAGUGGCAUUUCUACAUUCAGCAGUGCAGGAGCGACGUAAAUUUGGUCCCUUGGGAUGGAAUAUCCCCUAUGAAUUCAAUUCUGCCGACUUCUCGGCCAGUGUCCAGUUUAUUCAGAAUCACCUUGAUGAGUGCGAUAUUAAAAAGGGUGUAUCCUGGAGCACAGUGCGGUACAUGAUUGGAGAGGUGCAGUAUGGAGGCAGAGUGACAGAUGACUUUGAUAAACGUCUACUCAAUUGCUUUGCUAGAGUCUGGUUUAGUGAGAAGAUGUUUGAACCCUCAUUCUGGUUUUACCACGGGUAUAAAAUCCCCGUGUGUAAAACUUUGGACCAGUAUUUUGAAUACAUCCAGUCUCUGCCACCCUUAGAUAACCCAGAAGUCUUUGGGCUCCACCCCAAUGCUGACAUCACGUAUCAGAGUAACACAGCUUCUGAUGUUCUUGAAACAAUCACCAACAUUCAACCCAAAGAGAGUGGAGGUGGCAUGGGCGAGACGCGCGAGGCCAUUGUGUACCGGCUAUCUGAGGACAUGCUGAGCAAGCUUCCCUCUGAUUAUUUGCCUCACGAGGUGAAAGCUCGUUUGCAAAAGAUGGGGCCCCUUAAUUCAAUGAACAUAUUUCUUAGACAAGAAAUUGACAGGCUGCAGAAAGUCAUCUCAAUACUUCGGGUUAGCCUGGGUGAUCUAAAACUGGCCAUCGAAGGGACAAUCGUCAUGAGUGAGAACUUGAGAGAUGCCCUGGACAAUAUGUAUGAUGCUCGCAUACCUCAUAUCUGGAAGAGAGUGUCCUGGGAUUCCUCCACCCUGGGCUUCUGGUUUACUGAACUUCUAGAAAGGAAUGCUCAGUUUUCGACUUGGAUAUUUGAGGGGAGACCUAAUGUGUUCUGGAUGACAGGCUUCUUUAAUCCCCAAGGUUUCCUCACAGCAAUGAGGCAAGAAGUGACCCGAGCCCACAAAGGCUGGGCACUGGACACCGUGACCAUCCACAAUGAAGUCCUGCGGCAGACCAAGGAGGAGAUCGCAGCACCCCCUGCGGAAGGUGUGUAUAUUUAUGGGCUGUACGUGGAUGGGGCAGCCUGGGACAGACGGAACGGGAAGCUCACAGAAGCCACCCCGAAAGUGCUUUUCACACAACUGCCGGUUCUGCAUAUCUUUGCCAUUAACUCCACCGCACCCAAGGACCCGAAGCUGUACGUGUGUCCCAUUUACAAGAAACCCAGGCGAACUGACCUGACCUUCAUCACCGUUGUGUACUUACGAACAGUGCUGUCCCCAGAUCACUGGAUCCUGAGGGGAGUGGCCCUCUUGUGUGACAUCAAGUAAGUUCAUCUCCACCCCUACCAGAAGAUGCACAUAAGCAGCCUGCUGUGGAAAGGCCGGGCCAUGUGUGUGUCUUGC